CAACAACAGCAACAACAAAAGGAAAAGCGCCAAUGAUGAGAUGAACCGCAGCAACGUUGCUGAUAAUAGUAAUGGCUUAAACGAAUGAAUGGACAAGUAGUGAACAGCAGCAGCAGCAACAACAACGAAAGAAGAACAACAAACAUCAGCCAUCGCUGGCUGCUACCACAUCUCUGGCAUUUUAUUGGUCUAAUGGCCAUUUAUUCGUAUUAGAAUAAUUCUCCCAGGGGUGGUGGAGAAAAUCCCAACAAAUCAACGAAACAUUUCAGUUGGCCAAGUGCAUUCGAAGGGUUUAGACGCAUUUUGCGGUUAAAAAUAAAAACUUCGUUUCGAUUCGAACGCAACUCUGUGUGCUGGAACCGUUGAAAGUGCAAAUAUUUGUAAAUUAAAAAAAAAGAAGACCGAAACGGUUGUUAAUUAAACAAAAGUUGGCUGCGUCAGCCAGGUGAAAGAAAGCAUUCCUCGCCAGUAAAAGUGGUGGCUGCCGUGGAAAGUGCGCAGGAGCCUAUAAUUUAACGCCGCUUGCAUUUCAACAAAAAAAAAAGAAAAAAAUAUAAAUUGUACUUAGUAGUUCCUAUUAAUAAUAAUAAUAUAUAACAACAAUAGCAAAAAACUAAUUGCAAACAAUUAGAAUUGUGUGAAAAUUUUUGUGAAAAGCAAUUGCAAAAAUAAAAUACAACCACUUCGCCAAAGAGAUAUGCUGCCCAGAAUAAUGGCUUCAUUUCAUGGCCAUAACUGCCAUUUAUGGCAAAUUUUCACUUUUCUAAUAAUUGGAUUAUUUGCUGCUGCGGGAAAUUGUGAAAAUGGAGAAUUUGCAAGGUUGGUAGUGCCGGGAACCUAUGGAAAACCAAAGGACUCAUCAACAGCUAAUGCUGCGCCACAAGGUCGUUCGUAUCUGCCAAGAGCUUACUACGAUGCAAAUACGGAAUGUUCUGUGGGAACGGAAUGUACACCCCUACACGAUUGUACUGCCAUGAUUUAUGAAGUGGCCAAAAUGUGUUAUUACGGCGAUAAAUCUCUGUUCUGCGGCGGUGGCGAAGAAAUGCCCUAUGUCUGUUGUCCCAGUAGUCCGCUAGAGAAGAAUCAAGUGUGCGGCAAAUCAUUGGUCCAGGGUCAUUUCUAUCGUGGCCUGGGCACCUAUCCGUUUGUGGCAAGAAUUGGUUUUAAACAUAUAAAUACUGGAGCCUUUGCUUACCCAUGUGCCGGUUCGGUUAUUGCUCGUCGAGUCAUUUUGACCGCUGCCCAUUGUGCCCUGGCCAAGGCUGAUGGCCAUCGUUUAUCCUCGGUACGUGUGGGUGAAUAUGACACCUCCUCCGAUCCUGAUUGUGCCAGUACGGGAUUUUGUGCCCCACGUUCGGUGAAUCAUGCCAUUAGUCAUGUCAUUGUACAUCCUGAUUAUAAACAGGGUCAAUAUCAUCAUGAUAUUGCUUUGUUGGUUCUGAAAACUCCGCUUAAUUAUUCGGUGGCCACCCAACCGAUUUGUUUACAAAAGACACGGAAUAAUUUGGUGGUUGGCAAAAGGGCCACCAUAGCCGGUUGGGGAAAAAUGUCGACAUCAAGCAGUCGCCAACCUGAAAUGUCUUAUUUGGAUGUACCAUUGACCAGUUGGGAUUUGUGUUUGCGUAAUUACGGAUCAACGGGUGCAUUGGAAUCGCCCAACUCCAUUGAGGGUCAAUGGAUGUGUGCCGGCGGUGAGGGUAAAGAUGUGUGUCAAGGAUUUGGCGGGGCACCAUUGUUUAUACAGGAAAAUGGCAUAUUUUCACAGAUUGGCAUCAUGUCCUUUGGUUCGGAUAAUUGUGGUGGCUUACGCAUACCCAGUGUUUAUACAUCUGUGGCUCAUUUUGCUGAAUGGAUUCAUGAUAAUACACCACCUGAAUAGAUGUAAUAGAGGAAACAGGAGGUUUAUCAAGAAUUUAUACAUUUUGCUGACAAGUUUUGAAAGCAUUGCAAACAAUCCAUAGCUUUUAAGGUGAUCUUCAAAAUUGUAGUUUUAAGAAUUUUUAUUUUAUAUAAAACAAAAUAACAAAUGUAACAACAACAAAUUGUUAAUGUGAUUUAUGUACUGGAUAUGUAUAUUUUCAAGUCCUCUAUUAAAAGUAUUCAAUAAAGUUUAAAUAUUUAUUUUCUAAGAACAACCAAA